GGAAAGUUCCGACCCCAAAAUUUCCAGUGUGCUCCAUUCACCAACCACGAAGCGGCGGCUCAAUCUCGACUUUCGCGUGUUCGCAGUUCCUCUGGUCCAAAUCUCGAACACCAUCCCCCGCUCCCGCCCAGGCACUGAGGUCAUCCGGAUGACCAUUGCCCGGUGGCGAUGAACCGACUUACAAUAAACCGCCUUUUGGCGCCAGGGCUGACCCGACCGCUCUCCCAAACCGUCUGCCCGACAACGACAGUCCCGCAAUGGACCCGACUCUUCUCCCAGUCAAACGUCGCCAGCAACAUCUUCUCGCAAAAUCCCCAGAAGCCGCCAUUGCAGCCAACUCAAGGGCUGGGGAGCGGUUCAAUGAACCGCAUCCUUCAGCAUAUGAAGCGUGGUAGUGGGGGCCAGGAAGACACCGACUCCCUCUCUGAGGAUCUGGCCGCACCGGAAGACGAGAGCACAGAACCCUACCAUUUCCACAUCUACAGCCACAAGCACAACACGCACAUCACCCUUACCAAGCCGAACCGGGACGCCCUGCUCUCCCUAUCAUGCGGAAACCUGGGGUUCAAGAAGUCUGGGCGCAAGCACUACGAUUCGGCAUACCAGCUCGGUGCCUAUGUGAUCGACAAGAUGCACCAGAAGGGCUUUGCGAGCAAGAUCAACAAGAUGGAGGUAGUCUUGCGGGGGUUCGGGCCUGGCAGAGAAGCGGUUGUCAAGGUGCUGAUGGGGAACGAGGGUAAAUUGCUGCGGCCCAAGAUCACGCGGGUGUCAGAUUCGACGAGACUCAAGUUUGGUGGUACUCGGAGCAAGAAGAAGAGAAGACUGGGUUAAGAGGGUUUGGUUGGUGUUGGAUGGUGUUUGGGGGUUUGGGAAUAGAGCAAACCGUGGUCUCGAGUGCUCCGGGUCCGGGUCCGGGCCCGUCCAUAUCCGGGACAGGUCCGGUCCUUAUGUAUAUGUGUAUACUACAAACAACCCUUUUUGGUCAA